AGCACGUGUUUCCUCUGCUUCUUCAGAGGAGCUCUGCUCUUCACCAUCGCCUUUGGACGUUUGCCUUCCAACACAGAUCCUUCUGACACAGAAUCCUCAGCCUUCAGAUACAGCUUGCACUGGACUCUGCAGUGAACUCCAAGCCUUCAACUUUCAACUGAAUCCUUCACUCUCAAACAUCCAGACAGCCAUUUUGCAUUCUUCCACCCCUAAUUCUACAGGUCUUCUGGAAUAUAUUAAAACAAAGGACAACAUAAGUUUUUCUUAUCAUGAAACUAUUACCAGAAGGACAAUUCAAGAUUUGUAUUAUUCAAUCAAUACAUCUUACAUCAUGGCUGAUCGCAUUUCUUAAUCUGAAUUCUGUCUGUUCUCUAAAACCUGCCCAACUUCCAAUGUAUCAAAGGAAACCUUUUAUAGCUGCGUGGAAUACUCCAACAGAUCAAUGUCUGAAGAGAUAUAAUAUAAGAAUGAAUCUGCAGAUCUUUCAGGUGACUGGAAGUACAGUGAUCAAGGCCAGUGGGCAAAAUGUCACUAUAUUUUAUCCCAACAGAUUGGGAUAUUAUCCUUGGUAUACAUCACAGGGGGUCCCCAUUAAUGGGGGUAUCCCUCAAAAUAUGAGCUUAAAAGCACAUCUCAAAAAAGCUGGCCAAGACAUUGACUAUUACAUACCAGCUAAAGAUUUCAGUGGACUUGCUAUCAUAGACUGGGAAUAUUGGCGUCCACAGUGGGCUCGGAACUGGAAUGCAAAAGAUGUUUACCGACAGAAGUCAAAAGAGUUGAUUUCUGAUAGGCAACAGAAUGUAAAAGCUACUGAUAUUGAAUAUUUAGCCAAAGCAAACUUCGAAGAAAGUGCAAAAAAAUUCAUGAUGAAAACCAUCAAAUUGGGUAUUAAAAAGCGACCUAAGGGCCUUUGGGGUUAUUAUUUAUAUCCUGACUGCCACAAUUACAAUAUGAAUGACCCUAACUAUACAGGUUCAUGCCCAGAAGAGGCAGUUUUGAAGAAUAAUGAACUCUCUUGGCUCUGGAAUAGUAGUGCUGCUUUAUACCCUUCUAUUAGUAUCAAGAAAUCUUUCAGAGACAGUGAAAAAGUUCUGCACUUCUCAAAAUUUCGGCUGCAUGAAUCUAUGAGGAUCUCUGCUAUGACAUCUCAUGAGCAUGCUCUGCCUGUGUUUGUCUACACAAGGCUAGGGUACAGAGAUGAUCCUUUAUUUUUUCUUUCUCAGCAAGAUCUAAUUAAUACCAUAGGAGAAAGUGCUGCCUUGGGAGCUGCAGGCAUUGUUAUCUGGGGAGACACGAAUUUAACUUCAUCAGCGGACAACUGUACCAAGGUGAAUCAGUUUUUGAGCUCUGAUUUUGGGAGAUACAUAGUCAAUGUGAGCACAGCAGCUGAGGUGUGCAGCCUUCAUCUCUGCAGGAAUAAUGGGAGAUGUGUACGGAAGACAUGGAAUGCUUCACAUUACCUCCACUUGAAUAAUGAAAGCUACCACAUAGAGCUAUCUAAAGAUGGAGAAUUUUCUGCGAAGGGAUAUGUGUCUGAUGCAGACCUGGCCAUGAUGAAGGAGAAAUUUUUCUGUCAUUGUUACCAAGGAUACAAAGGGGCUGACUGUCAAGAAAUGAAGGAAGCUCAUGGAAGCGUUGGGCUUUCCUCCUGUUCUGGUUCGCCAAUGACACUAUGUCUGCUAUCUUUAGCAAGCUACCAAAACAUUCAGGUGGGAGCCCAGUGAGUUUAAAGGAAAUUAUGCAGCCUUUAAAGUAGACUGCUAGUGAGGAGAUGGAAUUUAAAACAUUUUUUAUCUCAUGAAAGGUAUUAUAAGCAGACAUUAUGUAUAUUAUUUAACAUAAAUAGAAACCUUUUACUUUACCAUUCAUUUGGUUGGAAAUCAGAGCCAGGAGUACAAACUGGUAUACUCC